UGUAGGGCAAAUGUACGGCGAAAUCUAGGAUGUGUGAAAUAUGUCUAAUUGAAGUGUAAUGCUAAAAAACAGACAAAAUGUCUAUACCUCAGCUAGAAAACAGCGUAGAUCGCUUAAAUAUGUCAGAAAACUCUUCCACAUCAAACUCGGACGAAUCAUCCUCCGAAAAUGAAGAGGAACCUAGUUUUCCAGUUGCGAUGUGGGACUUCAACCAAUGCGACCCUAAAAAGUGUUCCGGUCGAAAAUUGGCACGAUUAGGGCUCAUUAAAGUGCUUAGAGUCAAACAACCCUUUUCUGGUAUCGUAUUAUCGCCUACGGGACAGAAAUGCGUGAGCCCUCAAGACAGGGUUAUUGUAGAGGCAAAAGGGGUAGCUGUGAUUGACUGUUCUUGGGCUCAGUUGGAAAACACACCAAUUAAAUCUUUAAGGAUAUCCCAUGGACGACUUUUACCCUUCCUGGUAGCUACUAACCCCAUAAACUAUGGCAAACCAUGCCAAUUGAGCUGUGUCGAAGCUGUAGCAGCUACUAUGUACAUAGUAGGGUUCAAAGAUGCAGCCAAAUUUUAUUUGAACAAAUUUUCUUGGGGACACUCCUUCUUAGAUUUAAAUGGGGAACUUCUAGAUAAAUAUGCUAGUUGUAAGGAUGGCAAAGAAGUUAUUGAGGUGCAGACACUGUACAUUAAGGAGGAACAAGAAAAACUAGCGCAAAAUAAAAAAGUUGACAUGCUGCCAUCUUCAAGUGAUAGUGAUGAUGAAGAUUAAUACUAAACUGUAUUUUUAUAAGUAAAUAAAUAGGUUUAUAUUGUUUAUCAGAUGGUAUUUUAUUGAAUCCC